CAAGUUCCCUCGUUACCUUGGAGACAGUUCCCAUGGGAACAGGCAACGCCAUUCUUUGUGUUUACUCAUGAUAAAAGCAUUCGAUUUUAGUAUUCUAUCUUAUUUUUAUUUACAUAAAAUUUUAUAUACUUUCAAGUUAAAACAUAUUGGCUGUUGAAAACCUACUUGCCAGAAAUCAGUGUAACGUUGAGUUGAAUUAAUCAAUAUUUUUUCUGUUAUUUUUUAUUUCUUUGCUGUUGCUGAAUGGCCUUUCUGCAAAAACUGCAAUGGAUCAAAUCAAGAAACAAGAGAGCACUGAAGAAACACAUAAAAUCAUCCAUACAUACCCACUCUUGAGGCACUCAGACAUGCCAGAGAGCAUGCGAGCCGAAACAAUAGAGCUAAUAGUGACUGCUUGUGAGAAGUACAGUGCAAACAAUGAGAGCGCUGCUCGCAUUAUCAAGGAAGGCUUGGACAAGCGAUAUGGGGCUACAUGGCACUGUGUGGUGGGCGAGACUUUUGGCAUGGAUGUCUCGUAUGAAAUGAAGCAUUUGCUCUACAUGUUCCUGGGUGGCAACCUUGCAGUUGCUGUUUGGAAAUGCUGUUGAAUAUUUAGAACAUUCCAUUCCACUAAGUGGCAAUAGCAGACAUCUGUUAGCAGUACCAUGGUUCAACUCAAUCUAAUGCAUGUGACUAAAUGGACCUCAAAUUACUUUCCCAGAACUAACAUAGCUGAGAUUAAUCAUUGCAAAAGGGUAGAAUACUUCAUGGCAAAGCCUUAAAAACCGGCACAUUUAUAAUGAAAAAUGUUCUGUACAUUGUAGGUAUUAAAAUAUGAAAGCUCUGUUUUAAGUUUGGUUGAAGAGCCAAGUUCCUCACACAUUACUUGAAUUAUAUGUACAACAGCCUCAAAUUACAGCAGAGUUUUCUGACAAUUUAUUGACCAGUUACUGGCAUGUGCUUUGGUUGGUUAUAAUAUAAAAUUAAAAAAACUCUUCUAAUUUUUGCUAGAUUAUAUCACAUAAUAAAAUCUAUAUUCAUUACUUCAAUUCUAAUUUUGUAAUUGCAUUUUUAGAUGAUUUUACAUAUUAUAAUCAUUAUUGCAGAUUCUAAUUGUAGAAACCCAUGCUUGGCUUAUCUUAACUUGGAGAUGGAUUUGUCAUAGGAAGCAAAACUAACACUUGCUGCCUAUUCAAUUCUUUAUAUACAUAAACUGUCAUAAAGUUGAACAGUGCAUCUCAACAAUGGCUACAAUAUUUAUUGGCAGAAACUAUACAUAUGUACCCAAUGAUACAAAUUCUUGCUCCAAUUAAUUCCAUGGUCUUUUCUCAUGUUAGUAUAAUUCAUUUACUAUUCGACUAAAAAUUAAUUGAGACUGUCAUUCUUGUAAAAUGAAAUUUCAGCAGAGAAAUUGACAGUGUAUUCUAAAAUUAUGUUGGUCCCUUCAUUAUUUGCUUGUCAACAUUAAAUACUUCUAGGAUGCUGUACCAACUGUCUGGCUUGAAAUUGUGGCACUUGUGAUAUACAAUUUUAGGUUAUUAUAUAAUUAACAUAAAUGAGGGUUUUCUAAUUCCAUUGUAAAAAAUAUGUACGGUGUAUGUAUGCUAGCAAUUACACCAAAACAUAAAACUUAAUCAACCUCAAGAUUUCCUCACAGAGAAUAGUGUGAAACUAAAAUAAAUAGAAGUUGCUUAUGUUCUAGGACCUACAACAACAGCAAUUUCUUUUUUUUUAUUCACCGAGAAUCUAGGUGAUUUUCAAUGAACUCUCAAUCAGUUUUUGCUAAUUUUUAAAUUAACAUACCUGUUUGAGUUAAAACAAAAGGAGAAAUGUAUUAUAACAAUUAUAAAUAAAUAAAAAUCCUUCAAGAAAAACUGAACUAUAUGCCUGCUUCCCAGAACACAAAAUUAAUUAAACUGGUAAAAAUCAUGGACUGCUAAAAUGUGUAAAAAACACCACUUAGAAACUUAUUAGAUGCUCCUUUUUAUUUCUGUGAAUUAACCAAGUAGAAGGCUUGCUACUGUAGCUUUAAGUAAAAUAAUUUCCAAAUAAUAGCAAAGACUAUGACCUGUAAACGUGAUUUUAUAUGGGUAAGUGGCUUCAGGAUUAUAGUACCGGUAUUACAUUUACUGGG